AUGGAGUCGGCGGCCAAUAGCGCCACAGAGGAUGGCCAUCCCUCGCCCCAAGCAGUGCUGGACAAGGCGAGCAGCCUGUACAAGGCCAUCCGCACCAAAAAGAACUACGACCAGACGGUGGAGCAGCGAGGAUCGGAGGCCGUCGAGGCCGAGAUCACCGGUGUCAUGGCCGACAUCCGCCAUCUCAUAGCCUCGGCCAGUGAUCCGCUGCUUCGCAUGGGUGCCAUUUAUGAGCUCGUCGGGCUGCUGUCCAUCGAACACAUAGAGGGCAUAGGGCAGAAGGCUGUGGACGUCGGUCUGCUGCCUGUGUUGAUCGGACAGCUGGGCGGGCCCGAGGUGCAGACCGGAGCCGCACGGGUCAUCUGCUUGCUGGCGGUGGAUCACGCUGAGGCGGUGGUCAAUGCGGGUGCCGUCCCGCCCCUGGUGCAGCUCGUGUCGUCACACACCGGCGAUGUGCGCCUGGGGGCCAUUGACGUGCUGCGCAACAUCACGGCCGGAUCGGCCACCCGUCGCGACGCUGUGCUGGCUGCGGGCAUCCUGGAGCCGCUGCUGAGAGUGAUGCAGGAGAGUAGCGACAACAGCGACGUGCCGGCGUGGAGUGCCCGCCUGCUGUGCAAUUUGUGGAGUGUCCCUGAAAGCGACUUGGAGAACCAGCCCGUCCCUGUCACAUUCCCAGUGGUUCCACUGGCCGAGUGUGUGCCCUUCGUGCCGGUCCUGGCCGGUCUUAUCGCCGCGCCGCAGCAGGACAACCACGUGAUGCGAUCCGCCCGACGAGCCUUGGCGCAUUUCGCCGUGCUGUCGUACAAGAAAGGUCAGUCACUAUGUGUGUAAGGGGUAGAUGAUGUUUGCCUGCCCCACAGAGUGCACGAAACAUCAUCACUGGCUGCACGGCUCACUGUGUCCUGCCUGCCCAUGUGCUCAGGUACCGAUGCUGACCGUGACGCGUUGGUCGAGUGUGGCGCCGUGGCGUCGAUCAAGACGCUGCUGGAGAUGGCCGAGCCAAAGAUCAAAGCCGUCGCAUGCCUGGUGGUGUACUUCGUGGCUGAAGGUGAAGCACACACACACAAACACACACACACACACACACACACACACAAAAACCUGUGCACACUCACCAGACGCACGUACACACACAAGACGUGCUGUUUGGUGUGGAUUGAUUUGGUGCAGGCACCACUGCUCACAAGCAGGCCGUCAUCGAUGGCGGGCUGGUGCCGCUGCUGAUCGGCUCGGCGUCCGGCGGGGACACCGGUGCCAUCCUGAAGAUGGUGGCAGCAAGGGUCAUCGGAAGACUUUUACUCGGAUCGCAGCAACAGGUGCGCAUGUCGAGCAGCCGCCUUAAAGCAGUGUCUUCAUUUGUUCAUUCCUCGCUUAAUUAUGCAGAUUGAGUAUGUGGUUGAGUGUGGCGGCAUCCAGCCCAUAUGUGUCCUCCUCGAUGACGUCGGGGAAGUGAUAGGGGACACCAUCUCCGUGCUGGACAACAUACUAAGGUAGGUCCAAUGCCCACCUGCUUGUGUGUUGCUCAUGUCUGCUGCCUGCGUGUGUUGUGUGUGUGCGUGCAGCGCGGGUCGACAGAAGCAGGGCGAUGAGGGUCUCCCCGACAACCCCUACUGCACGCUAUUAGAGCAGGUAGGUGAUCGAGAGAGAGAGAGCAUCAUGCACACGGCUAUCCUUCUCUGACCUUCCUGCAGGCCGGCGGUGUGGACAAGCUAGCCGACCUCCAGACGCACACUGACAUCCUCAUCGCAGCCCGGGUGGGCUGCCUGCAAGUCCCUCAUGUCGACAAGCGGCGCAUACACACACUGCCAGUCUGUUGUCUGUUUCCUAUCCAUUCAGGCGAUCGCCAUUCUCGCCAACCAUUUCCGGCCUCGUGUGGACGAGCAGCGGCUGAAUGGAUUGAUUCAAGCGGGUGUGAUUCAGGCAGAGAGCGAUGAUGACGAUGACGAUGACGAUGACGGGGAUGGCGAGAGCGAUGGUGCCGGCGAUUUGGACACCGACAGCGGUAGCGAUGGCCACGACAGCGAUAGUGAUGGGGAGGGCGAGGGCGAAGAGGCGUAGAUGGAUGGAUGGAUGGCUGGAUGGAUGGAUGGAUGGACAGAUGGAUGGGCAGAAGACAGACAGAUCAAUCCACGAUGCAUGGUCGAUCUGCGUAUGCCCUGUGUGUGGGUGAGUGGGUGGGUGGGUACGUAAGUAGCCAAGGGGGGACGGGGGGGCUCGCUCUUGGGUGUACAGACUGACAGACAGAGGAGCGACUAGCGUCAGAUCUAUAUAUCCAUCUCAUUUCGUGCCGUCCGCCACUCACAAACUU